UAACAAUACUCCUUCUCCUGUUCCUUGUAUAGCUUGCAUUGCAUUCUUAUUGAGACAGCAUGGAGGCACGCACUCAUAGCAGCAGCGACUUGGUGGUCGACAUGGAGAAACCAACACCAUCGUCCAACAAGCUCCAAAGGACAAAGCCGAAAAGACGGCGAGGGACACCCAACUACUUUCUAUUCACUCGAUAUCUCGGCCCUGAAGAGAAGCUGCUCUAUGGGCUUGGCAUCACCUGUGCUUGUCUAGCCGGUCUAUGCUUUCCAUCCCUUGACAUCUUGUACGGAACCUUUACAUCGGCAAAUACAAAUGUCGCCGCCACUGGAUCCCUCACUGGCCAAGCUGCAGAGACAGCAAGGUCACAAGCGCGCGUUGUCGCCUUUGGGAUGCUCGGUGUAGGAUUUGGCGCCGCGAUCUUCAACGCUGGCUUCCUCAUCUGCUUCACAUUAGCUGGUGAGCGUGUUGGCAACAAAAUAAAACAAGCCUACUUGGAAGCCGUUCUAAGCCAAGACAUUGUCUUUUUUGAUAAAGUUGGCGCCGGAGAAGUCGCGUCACGGACGACAAAAGAUAUCGCGGCCAUCCAGGCAGGUAUUGGUGAAAAGGUUUCCUUCUUGGUCUGGUCAUUCGCAACACUUUUAAUCGGUUUGAUUGUUGCAUUCAUCAAAGGCCCAGUGAUGGCAAGUGCGUUGCUUGCACUCUUUCCCUUUGUCGGGAUUUGCUACACCAUCAAUGUAUACUUCAACAACAAGUUCACCGGGGAAGAACUGGCUGCAGAUGGUCAUGCUGGUAGUUUCCUCGAUGGUGUUCUGGGAAGCGUGAGGAUUGUUCAAGCCUUCUCUAUGCAGCUGCCGCUUGUCGAACGGUUUGACCAACACCUUCUCAAGUUGCAGCAUAUUGGCUUCAAGAAGUCCAUCAUUCGAGGUGCUGAGAUUGCCGUGCUCUUCUUUAGCGUCAUGGCAUCUCUCGCCUAUGGAGCUUGGUUUGGAUCUCGAUUGCUCGUCAACGGUCAGAUUGCGAUUGGCCCAUUCGCCACUGUUCUAUUCAGUUUCUUGUCGGGUAUCUUUUCCUUGGCCGGCAUUAUUCCACAAAUUACAACCAUCACUGAAGCGAGUCAAGUUCAAGCAACCAUCUUUGCGGACAUUGACCGUGUCCCCACUAUCCGCUCGACGGAGGAAGGUCGGCGUGACGACUUUGAGAAUGGUGUCGAAGUACGGCAUGUGUUCUUCAGCUACCCAACACGUCCAACCGAGCAAUCACUUGAUGACGUGUCGGUUUCCAUUGAAGCUAACAAGACAACUGCCAUCGUUGGAUUCUCUGGGUCUGGCAAAUCAACAAUUGCAUCACUCUUGAUGCGUUUCUAUGAGGCACUUGAAGGUCAAGUCCUUAUUGGUGGUAUCGACGUUCGUGAUAUCAACGUGACGCACCUGCGACAACAUGUCGCCAUGUGUUCACAAAAUCCAACCAUGUUUAACGUCAGCAUUUACGAAAAUAUCGCAUAUGGGCUUACUGGCACCCAAUACCAAGAUUGCGACGAGGAAAAGAAACGUGAGCUUGUCAGGGAAGCAGCCAUUGCUGCGGAUGCGCUUCCAUUCAUUGAAAAGAUGCCUAAGGGAUUCAACACUGUUGUUGGUGCGUCUGGUGGUUUCAUGAGUGGUGGCCAGCGUCAACGCAUUGCAAUUGCGCGUGCCAUCAUUCGCAAACCAAAGGUCUUGAUCUUGGAUGAGAGUACCUCUGCUUUAGAUGCAUCUUCCGAGAGACGCGUGUACGCUGCUUUACAGGAAGAUGCCAUCAAGCAUCCCAAGACCAUCAUCAUCAUUGCUCACCGCAUUUCUUCCAUCCGGGAGGCCAGCAAGAUCAUUGUGAUGGGCUCCGGACGCAUCUUGGAGAUUGGAACACAUGAUGGGUUGUAUGCAAAGGGCGGAGACUAUACCAACUUGGUCGAUCUGUCAACAAGCAACAACAACUACAUGUUUGAAUCUAUUGAUGUGCGGGGCAAGCUUCCUACAGAAGAGACUUCCAGGCAAAGUACCUACCAAGGGCCCAUCUCGGCUCAUCAAAAUGCCGCAGAAUCCGCCAACACCCAUGGAGCACUCAUGCGACGACGACCAACCUAUACGCAAAAAGACUCAACAACACGGCAAGAGCCAGCUCCACAACCCAAUCUUCUCAAAGUCCCAACUCUCAUUAUUGCCAAUCCCAAUGACCUUCAAGAACCAAGUGGCGUUGCCGACAGGAAGUACUCGCUUGGCUACCUCCUGGGUCGUUUCGGUGCCUUUUCACGACCCCAGCGUUGGACAAUGAUCCUUGGUUGUCUCAUGGCGUUGCCAGUGGGUGGAGCCUUUCCUGCCUCAUCGUAUCUUUUUGGUUUGAUCAUUGAUGCCAUGUCGCUGACAGGCGAUCCUGCAAAGCUCCGUCGAGACGUGGAUAGGUACUCGCUCUUUCUGUUUGUGAUUGGCCUCAUCUGUAUUGUUACUGGUGGCAGUGCAGGUUUCCUACUCACAUCAGCUAGUAAGCGGCUGGUCCGACAACUGAAGCGCUCACUCUCUGCGCACUUUGUCUUGCAAGAAAUUUCCUUCUUUGACGACCCAGUCAAUGCCCUUGGUGGCCUGAUAUCAGGUCUUUCGUCACAUCCAAACAAUGUUGCCUCAGCAACAGGAACCGUUCUCGUCUCCAUCCUCAUCUCUUGCGCCAACUUGCUCGGCAGUGUUGUUCUUGGAUUCAUUCUAUCCUGGCGUCUAGCUGUUGUGUGCUUUGCACCACUCUUCCUCUUCUUUUUGACAGGCUAUGCCAAUGUCCUCAUUAUGGAAUCCUAUGAAGAUCAGGGACAAGACGCAUCGGACCAAGCAGCGAGCUUUGCAUCCGACAACAUCAAUGCGAUUCGCGAAGUGCAGGCCUUGACGCGCGAAGAACAUGUACGUGCAGAGUAUGACGCCAUGCUCAGCAAACUUUCUACACCCAGGCGUCGAAGAACACUAUACCUUGGCAGUGCAGCGUUUGGUUUGACACAGGCACUCGUCUUUUGGGUGUCUGCCUUGACGUUCUGGUGGGGUUCUGAGCUCUUGACAUCCAAUCGACUGAGUGUCAGCGCUUUCUUUGCAUCCUUUGAAGCUGUCAUUAUUGCCUCGUUCUCAACAGCACGAGCGUCUUCCUUUGUGCCGGAUAUAUCACGAGCUUUCCACAGCUUGAAAGUGCUGUGUCGGUACUUUGAUCGACAACCGCAACAUCAGCAUCUGGUUCCAGUCAGCGAAGAAGAUGCCAAAGCAACUCCUGGCGCUGAAAUUGUCUUCAAGGGCGUCAAACUCGUCUAUCCAUCUAGACCGGAUGUUGUUGUGCUCAAGGACUUCAACCUCAGGAUCCAGGCCGGUCAGCGGGUCGCCUUUUGUGGCCAUUCAGGUGGUGGCAAGAGCUCUACAUUGUCUUUGCUUGAGCGAUACUACGACCCACAAGCAGGUUCUAUAACGUUUGAUGGUCAGGAUAUUCGCAAGGUACCACUCGAUGUGCAUCGUGCACGCAUGUCACUCGUUAGUCAAGAUGCAAUCUUGUAUGAAGGAACUGUCCGUUGGAACAUCUCAUUGGGUGCAGCGGAACCCGGUAAGGUCACACAAGCUGAUCUCGAACGUGCGUGUGAAGAUGCCAAUAUCCUCGACUUUGUCCAGUCCUUGCCCGAUGGCUUUGAUCAAAAUAUCGGUAUGAAGGGGUCUCAGCUGAGUGGUGGACAAAAGCAAAGGUUGUGUAUUGCUCGAGCACUGAUACGAGAUCCACCUAUUUUGCUCCUGGAUGAAGCGACGAGUGCAUUGGACAAUAAAGCAGAGAAGGCUGUACAGGAGGCUCUCAACCGUGCGGCACAGGGUCGAACUGUUAUUACCAUCGCUCAUCGUUUAUCCACGAUUGCAUCGGCAGAUGUCAUUUAUGUUGUCGAGGGCGGCGAGAUUGUGGAAGGUGGUACGCAUCUCGAGCUGUUGGAUCGUCGCGGCAAGUACUUUGAGCUUGUACAGGCACAGCUAUGAUUUAAAAAAGAUACUUAUAGAUUGUG